CUAUACACCUAAAGCCCAUCUCUUCUAUAAGUAUCCCUCGAUUCCCUUUUUAGCUUUCCAUCACCACAAAUAUCAAGUCCUGUGUACGUAGGUCUUAAAGUAUAGUCACAGCUUCUUUCUCAGCUUUAAUUAUUACAUCCCAAGAUACCUUCAACAGUCAGCAAUGGCCCCUGAAAAGGUGGAGGAGAUCAUGAAGGUGAAAAUAACUGGCAAAUGCCGUGUGAAGCCCAACAAGAAACUAGGAAGAAGUGAAUGUCAGCUGGUCACUUUUGAUCUUCCAUACAUAGCAUUUCAGUACAACCAAAAGCUGAUGGUUUACAAGGGAGAUGAGUAUGAGGAUAGGGUAGGGAAGUUGAAAGAUGGGCUAGGAGUUGUCCUGGAAGAUUUCUAUCAACUGGCAGGGAAGCUAGCAAAGGAUGAAGAUUGGGUGUUCAGGGUAGAAUAUGAUGACGAUAUGGAGGGAGUGGAGGUGUUGGAGGCCAAAGCUGAGUGGAUCAGUGUGGAGGAUCUAACUGUUGAGGAGGGCACCUCCACCUUGAAGGAGCUCAUACCUUACAAUGGGAUCUUGAACUCUGAGGGCCUCCACAGACCAUUGUUGUCAGUGCAGCUAACCAAGCUAAAAGAUGGACUGGCAAUGGGAUUGGCCUUUAACCAUGCCAUCCUCGAUGGGACCUCCACAUGGCACUUUAUGAGUUCAUGGGCCCAGAUCUGCAGUGGCUUGCCUUCAAUCUCUCUCCCACCUUUCCUGGACCGCACCAAAGUGCGAAACACUAAAGUAAAGUUCCAACUCUCUCCACCAGAUCAAAAUGGAUCAUCCACUGAUGAUGCCAAGCCUGUUGACCAGCCACUCAGAGAGCGAGUCUUCAAAUUCUCUGAAUCAGGAAUUGACAAGAUCAAGUCAAAAAUCAACUCAAACAUACCAUCUGGCGGCUCAAAACCCUUCUCCACUUUUCAAUCACUUGCUGUCCACAUUUGGCGCCAUGUGACCCAAGCACGUCAACUCAAACCUGAAGACUACACAGUUUUCACUGUCUUUGCUGACUGCCGCAAAAGGGUCGAUCCCCCCAUGCCGGAAAGUUACUUUGGAAACCUUAUUCAGGCCAUAUUCACGGUGACUGCUGCCGGGUUGCUGUCGAUGAACCCACCUGAAUUUGGAGCCUCCAUGAUACAAAAAGCCAUUGAAACGCAUGAUGCUAAAGCCAUUGAAGAACGGAACAAACAGUUUGAGAGUGCACCGAAGGUAUAUCAGUUCAAAGAUGCUGGUGUUAACUGUGUAGCUGUUGGAAGCUCUCCGAGGUUUCCAGUUUAUGAGGUGGAUUUUGGGUGGGGAAAGCCAGAGACAGUGAGGAGUGGAAUCAAUAACAGGUUCGACGGGAUGGUGUACUUGUAUCAAGGGAAGAGUGGUGGAAGGAGUAUUGACGUGGAGAUUACCUUGGAAGGUGGAGCCAUGGAGAGGCUGGAGAAGGAUAAGGAGUUUGUUUUGGAGGUUAAUUGAAUGGAAUGAUAGUAAUGGAUGGAUGCAAGAGGUUUUGCUAGUAGUCGGAUAACAUUAAUCAUAAGACAUAUUAAUUACAGAUUAGACUGCCCCAAUAACGUUGUUAGUGUUAUCCAAGAACCGAUCAAAACCUCUCUGCUGUUGCCUGAAGCUGUUGUUUGGGGUGGAGACCUUGAAGCUGUUUAAUUUGUGUCUGUUUUGUCAAAGUAAUUAAGUACUAGCUAGUGUAUGAGAGGAGUGCUGAUGCUCUUAAUAAUAAAUAUUCUAUGGAUUGUGGUUUCUAA